UGGCCCUGGGAAUGCAGCUUCCACAGCGGGCUGGUUCUCCAACAGUCCCGGCUUUGUGUGUCUACCCACCGCGCCGGCCGCCACAUCGCAACUUCUCCAUUUUUAAGCUCUGAUCUGAUGAUGAGAAUGCUGUCGAGGGUCUGUCUCAUUGCAGCUCUGCUAGUAUGCUAUGUCCUUUUAAGAAGUUGUGCUUUAGAGCAUGAAAAGAAGAAAGGUGAAGAAUCCCAAAGCCCUGACAAGAACGCUGACAGUAACUUCAAGGUGAAGAGAAAUCACUCAACAGCAAGUGACGGGAGACCUAAGGCCGUGGCUCCGAGGAAGAAGGUCAAGCACACGGGAAGUAAGAGAGUUUCCACGGGACCGAGAAGCGACGUCAGCUGCGCCAGACUGGGAGGCAUCUGCCAGCCCAACCGAUACAUCUGCCAAGGUCGAUACCUGAAAGACAAGUGUUCAGGGGCCAAGACGCGGCAGUGUUGUAUGCCAGUCGGAGCCUGGAGUGUCCUUUGUGCCGGUCACCACAACAACAGAGUGAGGGCGUGUGAUGCGCACGGCUGUGGAGCUUUCAACUCUAACAGAGAUAAUGACCGACAUAAAGCGGUGGACCUGGUGUGUGAUGACUAUGGUAUCGUCAAUGCUCCAUUCUCAGGCUCUCUGGCGGGCCCAGUGAGUCGGAAAGAGCCUGCUGGGAAUCAGUAUAAUGGGGUCAAACUUCUCAAUGAUGUGUACUGUGUGAAGAUCUUCAACAUCCGUCCGUACCGUUACACGGGCCCGGUGGCUCAGGGAGAAGCUUUGGGCUACCUGUUGCCGCUGCAGGAACGCUUCUCCGGCAUCACAUCACACCUAGAGCUGCAAAUGUGUGACGGCACUGAUCCUUCACCUUUCAUAUGACCUCUAACCUCUCAUCUUGUAUAUGGCGUCUGAGCUCUGACCUCUACUCAUUUAAAUUACCCUUGACCCUUGACCUUUAGUUUGACCUCUGAUUGUCAGCAUUCAUGACACCUGUUCACCUUUUGACCCCCUAAACAUUUGACACCGUGACCCUGCAGAUAUAAUCCCUGAUGCCUAUAAAGAUAAUUAUUACAUCUAAUGUUAGUUGUAACUUUUCUGUACAUAUUCAAAAUAUGGCCUAUGAUGCAGCAGCAAUUCUUCAUCCUCUAUAGAAUAUAGCCAUGCAAAAUGUUGAUCUCUCUAAUGACAGCAUUUAACUAUAUUGUUUUUUUCCCCUGCUUACAGCAAUUUAAAGGGCCAGUGUGUAGGAUUUGGCGGCAUCUAGUGUUGAGGUUGCAGAUUGCAACCAACUGAAACUGUGAGCCAUGUGUGUAGGAGAACUGUGGUGGCCGACAUGAAAAUGCCUGUCUAUAGUUAGUGUUUGGUUUGUCCAUUCUCCAUGAAGAGGACCCGCUGUAGAUAUAAACGGCUCAUUCUAAGGUAACGAAAACACAACGAUUCUUAUUUUCAGGUGAUUAAACAUUAAAGAAAACAUACUUAUUAAUAUUAUAUUCCAUUUCUACCAAUAGAUCCCCCUAAAUGCUACGCACUGUUCCUUUAAGUACAUACUUUUUUGAUGGACAACUUUUGUGUGACUGAUUGAUCCUUGAUCUCCAAAUUGUUCUACUUUUUUGGGGGAUAUUUUUGUAUUAUCAUUAGUAGGACUGUCCUCGACCAAAGAAAUUCUUAGUCGACUAACACGAUUUUGUUGACUUAUCGAUUAGUUGAUUUAAUCCGCAGAUCUGUAAAAAUUGUGUAAUCCAGAGAUGUGCUCAUAAAUUUCUUGGAAAUAAAUCAUUCAGCAUGAAAAAGCAUAAAAAACAACUAGAGAAAUCUAAGUCGACUAAGACGUAAAACGACUAACGGGACAACCCUAAUCAUUAUUCACAUUUUUUCCACUGAAUGCCAUGUUUAUUUUUAAAAAGUUCCCUGGAUUUUUUUUCUUUCUAUCCUUCAACAUGGACUCAUAUAACCCCCUUUGAUGUGCUCUAUUUAUAGGCCUAUUUGAGUGAUGCAAUAAAUUC